AAGUUGUAACCUACUAAAACCUCUGCGGCUCACAUUCACAUUCACAGGCGGCCUAAACCCUUCAACUGCCACCGCCAAGCAGCCGUCCAGCCACCGCCUUUCUAAGCUUCCUCCGCCGCGCUUUUUAUGAACCUCUUAAGUUAACAUUUCAUCGCAUUUCUUGAAACAUGAGGUGGUGUUUUUCCCGACUGGGUUCCCAAUACCUCAUUCGCCGCCGUUCCGAACAAGUUUUCCGGACCGGAAAUCUGACCCGUCAUUUCCACACCCUGCGAUCUUCGCUCUCAAAUUCCAUUCUUUCGAGAACCCACUCCCUAAUCGCCUCAAAUUACACAACUUCAGCUCCGGAAACUAAGCCCAUUCCAUCGGGGGCAGUGUUGGGCAUCGUUGAUGAGAUUUCCGGUCUCACGCUGCUGGAAGUCUCCGAUUUGACGGAGAUGCUGAGGAAGAAAAUGGGGGUUGAGGAGAUGCCGGUGAUGACGAUGAUGAUGCCCGGAAUGGGUUUUAGUCCCGGAGGUUUGAAGGGCAAGGGAGGCGCCGGAGCUGGGUCCAAGGCGGAGGAGAAGGCGGAGAAGACGGUGUUCGAUUUGAAGCUGGAGGGCGGGUUCGAUUCUGGGGCGAAGAUCAAGAUUAUCAAGGAGGUGAGAUCUUUCACUGACCUUGGAUUGAAAGAAGCCAAAGAAUUGGUGGAGAAGGCUCCGGCAGUUUUGAAGAAGGGGGUUACUAAAGAGGAGGCUGAGAAGAUCAUCGAGAAGAUGAAGGGGGUCGGUGCAAAAAUCACCAUGGAGUGAGCUAGGUAAUUGUCACAAAGCUUAACUGAAGCAUUCUUUAGGAUGGGCCAUGAAAAGCUGUUUUGAUAAAGAAAAUAUUGCUGUAAUGGAUGGAUAUGAGUAUAGGACAUGCCUGUUUUUCUCCUCCUUUACCCCCCAAAGUGUGCAUUUGAAGAAUGUAAAAAUAAGAUGCAUAUUGCAAGAUUAGUGAGCUUGAUCAUCGGAUAUUUUUGUUUGGAAAGUGGUCAUAUUUUGUUUUAAAGGUAAUACUCGCAGAGCUUAACUGUCAAACACUAAACGGGCUUUAGGAUGAUGGAUCAUGAUUUAUUGUUUUCGUUAAGGAAAAUAUUUCGUGUGAUGGAUGCAUUCCCCACCCAAUGUUCUGUUAGGAUACAUGUCACUACUUUAGUGAGCUUGAACAAGCUGUGAUCUUUUGAUGAUUUUAAGGUAAAUACUCACAAAACUUAGCUGAAGCACUCUGUAGGAUGGGCCGCCAUGAUACAUUGAUAUUUUUAUAUUAUCCUUGGUUGUUAUCCAAUGAGGUUGACUCAAUCUAAAAUGUUAUAUAUUUUAGUGUCAGUGUUUUGUAAACAUUUUAUUUUAAAUCGCACUGAUUAGGUUGAUAAGUAAGCACAAUCUGCCAAAGGUAGUGUAGAAAUAUGGGAAAGAAAUAUG